AUGAAGAACAUCUAUACGCACUACAAGUUUCCACAGCAGGCGAUCACUGUUUUCAGUGCCUCUCUGACCGACAGGCCUGAAUCAUUGACAAAGAAGAAGAGGGGGCGGAGCACUGGCCAGUUGUCAGUUCAGAAUCAUGCAGUUGCGCCGACCCCAAGAGCUACCACGCAAGCUUUGGAAAACAUCAGUUCAACCACUUUCUCCAAGCUGUCUGGUAGUCUCCGCCAUGGCCUCUUUGUGGAUAACGUUUCGUUUUUUUGCAAAAAAAACCCUGCCACCACAGCCCGUACGAGAACACAAGGGUUACCUCCGCCGCGGCGCCCCAUCCCUCCACCGCCGCGCCCCCGUCCCUCUGCUCGCCGCCGCGCGCCCCGUUCCUAUGCUAGCCGCCUCGACCCAUCCCUCCACCGCCGCGCCCCCGUCCAUCCUCUCCUCGGUGCCCGUCCUCGCUCCACCAUUGCCGAAUCUGGACGAGAUCGGGAGAAUCCGCCGGAUCUCGCGGAGCUGCUCGUUGUCCAUGCGGGGAGGACGAACGAGCUGCUCGUCGGACAUGCAGGGAGCACGGACGAGCUGCUCAUCGGCGUCCGUCCCACAGCCCCGCUGAAGACGGCGCCCAGCCCCCUCGACAACGCACUCCUCCUACUUGCCGCCCGGGUGCAAACAGCGACGGCGAGUAGGCGGCAAGUAUACUGCACCGAGAAGCGAUACAGGGGCAUGAAGCAAGCGAGUAGGAAUGCACGGCGACCUGCUACUGCACUAAUAAUAGCCUUGACGGAGUACCGGGGCCAGCUCGACAGGGCAUGCCGCCCGCUGGUAGACACUUGGUUGUGUGAGAUGGAGAUGAACCCCGGGUCGUCGCCUCUGCCGCCUGGACAAAGCUACACCGAUGCUGGGGAUGAACCCUGCGUCUGUGAUGGUGAUGACGCUCUCCAUCUACUUUCUCCAGUGGCUAUAAAACAGAGCAGCGGCUGAAAUUUACCCAUUGAUUUCUUGGAGUGAUUCAAACCUAGGAAGCCUGCUACUUGUGCAAGCGACAGGGUAACAAGUUUCAGUUUUCUUAUUGAUGCACCUCAAUUUGCAAGGUUAGAACAAUGUCAGUUUACUUUAUAUUGGUUUUCUAAUUUCUACAUAUUCCCUCAAGCAAAUCUAAUUAUAUAGGUAGUACGGAAAGCAGGAAAAUUAUGUAACUAUUUGGGUGUACUCAUGUCAGAUUGAGGAGAAAGAAUUAUUUUAUUCACCAUCCUAUUUUUUAUCUAUAAUGAUCACUUUUUCCAUCUUGUGAUCUUCUUUG